AUGGAGAUUUCUCCUUACUGUCUGCUUUCUCUUCUUCCCAUUUUCCUCCUCUCUGGUUUCUCCCUUUCACGUGCAGAUGAUGAAUUUGAUCCUCACGGAGCCACAAGCCGAGCUCUUCUUCAAGCAAAGACAACUUGCAAAGAAGAUUUUGCGAGCAAGAACUACACAAUCAUAACAAGCAGAUGCAAAGGCCCAAAUUAUCCGGCAAAGGUGUGUUGCUCCGCCUUCAAGGACUUUGCUUGCCCUUUCGCAGAAGCUCUUAACGACGAAAAGAACGACUGUGCCUCCACAAUGUUCAGCUACAUCAACAUCUACGGUCGUUACCCUCCUGGAAUCUUUGCCAACAUGUGCAAAGAGGGCAAAGAAGGUCUUGACUGCACGAAUGUCACCGAAUCCGCAGCCGCAACUUCUGACUCCAUCCCCUCCUCGACCGCAGCUCUCGCGCUUCUUUCCACCUUCCUAGUCCUCUGUCUUUUCUUCUUGUCGUCGUGA